AUGGAAUUCAUAAACUGGAUAGUUUAUGGUUUAUUGAUAAAUGGCGUUUUAGGCCAUGUCAUACCUAGUACAGGCGACGAGUUAUUGAAUAAUGACUUCUCGCUUUCUGAACUGGUACAUAUUACUGAUUUGCCAAGCCAGUGGAAACUUUUAAAUGAUGCAGUCUUUGAUGAAGGUAGGGUUAUUUUAACUCCUAAAUCCGGUAGCAAAGGUUCCUUGUGGAACGCUAACAACUAUAAGAUAGAUCGUGGAUUUACUAUUGAAUGGACGUUUAGGAGUGUAGGUUAUUUUGGGAAAAGUAAAGGUGGCAUUUCGUUUUGGCUAUUGAACAAUGCUAAAGGUGAUAACCCCUUGCCAAAUGAAUCAAAGUACGAUGGGUUGCAGAUUCUGAUUGAUAACUACAGUAAUCUGGAAAGUACUGCACGGGCGGUGUUUAGUGACGGCACGAAGCAAUUAACGAGGGAUGAUAUGUAUGAUCAAACUUUUGGUUCCUGCCUUCUUUCAUACCAGAGCUCUUCAGUUCCUAUGACUUUAAGGUUAAGUUACGAUCCUGCUCAAACCAUGUUGAAGCUACAGAUCGACAACAGGGUUUGUUUCCAAACUAAACAUGUUAAGCUCCCCACUUCCAACUACCGUAUUGGUGUGAGUGCUACUAAUGAUGAGACCACAGAAUCUUUUGAAAUAUUAAAACACAAGGUGUUCGAUGGUCUUACUACGGGCGCCAAGUUGCCGAACUUGAAGGCGAUGGGCCAGCCACAUUUGGUUACGAAGCGGAUCAACUAUGAGACUGGCGAAGAGCAGUUGGUAGAAGCGUCACCCUUAGAAGUUUCAGGGAGCGACUUUAGCAAUGUAGAGCUAUACAAGAAAAUAGACAGGCUUGAAGGUAAGGUAUUGGCCAACGAUGUCAGCCAUAUAGCAAAUAUUGUAAAGAAUCUAUUGGCUGCUGAACAAGAGAAUGCCAAGAGGAUUGCAGCAAUGGAGAAAUUUCUAGAGGUGCUAGUUUCGAAAUCAGGUGAUGAAAAUAAGGAUAUCUCUGGUAGCAAAGAACUGUACAAGGACUUUUAUCAAGUUAAUCAAAAUUUGGAAAAGCUGUUUGAAGAACAGCAAAAAAUUAGAGAGGCUAACAAGCGUCAUGAGGCGUUAGCGAAUUCAGGACCCCAUGCAGAUGAAAUAGUUGCGAAACUUAUCAUCUGGUUAAUACCGUUGGGGAUUGUAAUGAUUAUUAUGGCUUAUUAUACAUUUAGAAUCCGUCAAGAUAUUGUAAAAGCCAAACUUCUUUAG